AUGAUUCGGCAGCUGCGCGUGCGGGGUCGCUCUGCACCUCUGAAGCAUAUCCAUGUAUCAUCUUUCAGUACUUCGGCUCGUCAUUGUUCAUAUGAGGAUACAAUUGCAAACCUGAAAAUUGGCGCUCAUACCCGUGUUAUUUUCCAAGGGUUCACCGGGAGACAAGCUACAGCAAAUGCAAAAGAAUCGCUCGCGUGGGGAACCAACAUAGUUGGCGGAGUGACACCUGGUAAAAAUGGAGAGCAUCUUGGCCUUCCCCUAUUACCCACCGUUCGGGAAGCAAUGGAGAAACUCAAACCAGAUGCAACAGGGAUCUAUGUGGCGGCUCACCAAGCUCCUGGCGCCAUCGAGGAAGCAAUCGAGGCAGAAAUUCCUCUCAUCGUGGCGGUUGCUGAACAUAUCCCUGUUCAUGAUAUGUUGAGGAUACACUCAAUGUUAAAAACCCAGUCGAAGUGUCGACUAGUCGGUGCCAAUGCGCCCGGAAUCAUCUCUGCUAUUGGCAAGUGUAGAAUUGGGUUUCAACCACUCCCAUGUUUUAUGCCCGGCCGUGUAGGCAUUGUUGCUAAAUCAGGAACGCUCAGCUAUGAAUCUGUGGCAUCGACAACAAGAGCCGGGCUAGGCCAAAGUUUAUGCAUCAGUGUGGGGGGUGACGUCUUGCCUGGUACUAACUUUGUGGACGGCCUGAAGGUCUUUGAGCACGAUGAUGAUACCGAAGGAAUCCUCUUGAUAGGUGAGAUUGGAGGGACAGCGGAGUUGGACGCUGCAGAAUGGAUCAAGGAUUACAGGAAGCGCACACCCAAUCCUAAACCCAUCGCUGCACUCAUUGGCGGUGUUCGUGCAGCUCCAGGUCGAAUCAUGGGUCAUGCGGGCGCUUUCGUCCUGCCGGGAGAGCCCGAUGCAUUGACGAAGGUUAAGCACCUGGAAGAUGCAGGUGUCACUAUUGUUAACCACCCUGGAAAAUUUGGGGAAGCGAUGAAAGGCCUGUUAAGUAACUACAGACCAGGCAGUACUCGAUCGGCUACUCCUGGAGCUUCGCAACGGCGAAGCAUGCACACGAUCAGUCGAAGAAUUCGGCCAACAACAAGAUCCCAGGCUCUAAGGCCUUCAACUAUGGUACACAAGCGGAACUUAUACAUAAGAGAGAAUCUCGCGCUUAAUCUGCUUCGAGAAAGCAACAUUAACGUAUCAGAGUACUCAGGACAGGGCAACAAGCGACUUCUUGCUGUUGGCAUUGACCGGAAAAACCUCUCACCCUGUAUCAUUGCUUCCCCGGCAAGUGACCCAGAGCAGCCUCAUGUCGGAGCCAAGAAAUUCCCUUUCGACUACAGAAAGGGUUUCGAUCCAAGCAGCACGCAGGAAAUAGCUGAGUAUCUGCAGCUUGACCAAUCCGCGAAAGAGUCCUUACUAAAGGUGAUAAAUGGUCUGGUUGAUCUCUUCAUGCAGAAGGAAGCUUUCCUGCUCGAGACCACGAUCGUCGAGCAGGCGGGUGACGUCAAGGUUGUCGGGGCCCAUUUUGGGUUCGACGACGCAGCCUUUCGAAGCACUAAACGCCAAGCAGAUGUCCAUGCUCUACGCCGUACUGAAGACGAAGAUGCCCAAGAAUUGGAGGCUGAAAAGGAUGGGAUUGUGUAUAUCAAGCUGGCAGGGGAUGGAAACAUUGGCACCCUGGUCAAUGGGGCUGGACUAGCUAUGAAUACGGUGGACGCGUUAGCUGACGCGGGAGGGAAAGCGGCCAAUUUCCUCGACACGGGUGGGAAGGCGACGAGCGAAACUGUCAAGAAGAGCUUCCAAGUGAUCUUGCAAGAUCCGCGAGUGAAGGUCAUCUUUGUUAACAUCUUCGGGGGGCUGACCCUAGGAGACAUGAUCGCGAACGGGGUCCUGCUCGCGUUCAAGGAGCUGGAGAUGAGGCUGCCGGUGGUGGUGAGGAUCCGUGGGACGAACGAGAAGGAAGGACAGAAGAUUAUUGCGGAGAGUGGCCUCCCGUUGCACGCCUUUGAUGACUUCGAGGAGGCGGCGGCGAAGGCGAUUGAACUCGCCAACAGGUAG